CCCACCCCUCUUUUUAAGCAAACAAGGUUUUCCCUCAACAAGCUGUUGACAGAAUAAUUUCUCCAGGUUGAUUGUUUGCCCCACAUGGUCCUCUGGAGAUCUUCAUACAACUGGAGAGAAGCAGAUCAAAAGGCUGCAAGAAAAAAAGGCAGAGGACUGAAAAAAACCACCAUAAAGAUCCUGCUCAGGUUUCAGCCUGAUGAUGAACAGGCUUGUAGAGUAUUCUGAGACCUGUCAAAUUUUCCCAUCUAAAAUCCAGACCUAUUUUAAAAAGAAUUUUCAUAAUGAGUGUCUCUUUUCCCCCAUCCACAGGCUCAGAGUAUUUUCUGAAAAAGUUCUGCAGGGCAGAGGAGUUGAACAGUUGAUCACAUGCAGGAGCACAGGAUAGAUGGAGUACAGCUGACUCAACAGCUACAGGGGAUCUGGGAGGAAUAAUUACUCAAGGCACUAGAAAUGCAUGUGCUCUGAUCUCUUGGUCUGGUUGGCAGAUAAAAUUCAAGUAGAUGCAAGCAUCUGUGCCAGAUCUGUUUUGCAAUGGAACAGGUAUGGUUACUGCUCCUGCUGACGAUUAAAGUGCUCUCAGUGACUGCUCAGUUCAAUGGAUACAACUGUGAUGCUAACCUCCAUAGCAGGUUUCCUGCUGAACGAGAUAUCAAUGUUUUCUGUGGCGUACAGACAAUUACUAUGAAGAUAAAUUUUUGCACAGUUCUUUUCUCUGGUUAUUCUGAGACAGAUCUGGCAUUGAAUGGGAAACAUGGGGAUGCCCACUGCAGGGGUUUCAUCAAUAACAACACCUUUCCAGCAGUGGUCAUUUUCAUCAUCAAUCUGAGUACUUUGGAAUCCUGUGGAAACACUUUAGUGGUAUCCUCAGCUCGAGGUGUCAAUGCCUAUGGAAAUACCUCAGUGGUACAGAUAGGUAACGUGUCAGGCUAUAUUGAUACGCCAGACCCACCAACGAUUAUCAGCUAUUUGCCUGGGCUUUUGUACAAAUUUAGCUGUAGCUAUCCGCUGGAGUACUUGGUUAACAACACCCAGCUUGCUUCGUCAUCAGCUGCUAUUUCUGUAAGAGAGAACAAUGGUACAUUUAUCAGCACUUUGAAUUUGUUGCUUUACAAUGAUUCAACCUACAGCCAGCAGCUCCUUAUUCCAAGUACAGGUUUACCUUUGAAAACCAAAAUAUAUGCAGCUGUAAGAGCAACCAACCUUGAUGGCAGGUGGAAUGUUUUGAUGGACUACUGUUACACCACGCCAUCUGGUAAUCCUAGCGAUGAUCUUCGAUAUGAUCUUUUUUUCAGCUGUGACAAGGACCCGCAGACAACUAUAAUUGAAAAUGGCAAGAGCCAAAUGGGCCGGUUUUCCUUUGAGGUGUUUCGCUUUGUGAAGCAUAAGAACCAGAAGAUGUCUACGGUCUUCCUUCACUGCGUGACAAAGCUGUGCAGAGCAGAUGACUGUCCCUUUCUUGUGCCAAUUUGCAGUAACAGAGAAAGAAGAGACGCUGGUGGGAGGACAACUUGGAGCCCUCAGAGCACCUCUGGCAAUGCUGUAAUCUCUGCUGGCCCCAUCAUUACCAGGAGUGAUGAGACGCCAACCAACAAUUCACAACUUGCUCAUCCAAAUGGACCUCCUUUCCAGCUGAACUCAGUCACCGGUGCACUGAUUUCGGGCAUUGUUGUCCUAGGAAUCACAAGCAUUUUCUUUUUUGUAUGUUCCCUAACUCUUCUGCGCAGAAAGUGGCCCAGCAGUUCGGUCUUGAGUGGCAUUCGAAACCCAGUUUUCAACUGAAAGUGAUGAUUUACUUGCACUUUUUCUUUGGGGUUGCCUUUCUGGUCCGUGAAAUAUGAUUCCAUUAAAAAAUAUUACGGCAACGCUCCAGCUGUAUCCAGCUUCUAUGCCAGCUAUUCUGUAUUUGUAGAUUUGCUAGAUGAUGUGUAGGUAAGCAGCAGUGAUACUGGUAACAAUCCUAGAAAAUUAGGAGAAUCUCAGUUGUGCUUGUGAUCAGCCUGUAUGACAUUAUGCCCGUGGGUGUGCCGACAGUACAGCUCGUGUCUCCAGCUUCCCAGCGGGGUCUUAAAGCUGAAGAUGCUGAAGGUGAGGACCUUUCCGAGUAUGCCAUUCUUACACAAAACCUGACACAUUCAGAAACAUAAGUUCAUAAAUGCCUACUAAGAUAAGGAUCGCUUCUGUUUUGUCAUGGUAUUUUUGACAAAUUUGAAAAAAAAAAUCAUGUCUCAGGAGGAACUGGUUUUCAUCUGUCCAUCUUGGUUAAAAAUAACACCUCAUUGAUAUUUAUCAUCAUCCUGUGUUAACCAUGUCUGUGCUUUCAUUGAUGUGAUGCAAAUGGCUAACGAUCAGGCCUUUUUGGCGCUCAAGCCUAAAGACAAAUAGAGACUUGUUCUCAGUUUUCUCUGAUCCUGCAAAUGCUGUAUAAAGGCCUGUUGUUCGCAAAGUCCACUGUGCUGUAGUGUGGUAUCCCUAACAACCAAUAUUGUGCCUGUUUUCCUCCAGUCUUAAUACCUCAGAAACAUUUUUGCACUUCAGGGGUUAGGUCUGAUGACAUGUAAAACAUGAUUGUUUAA